CGCUUCCUACCAUUUUUUGUUUUCUUUCUUUUCCUUCCUUUUCGUCUCUGAACUUGAGGGGAAGAGAGCAGAAACCAUGGAGUUCUUCCUGGAAAUCUUCUUAACUGCUUUUCUUUCGCUUUUCUUCGCAUUUCUCCUCUCUAAGCUUCUUUCAAUGGUGUCGGAUGGUGAUGUUGACGAGCAGGACUCUUCGAAGAAGGUUGAUGCUGGAGCUGUUAUGGAGGAGCGAUUGCUUAAAGGAGAAAUGAAGAAUUUUAGAUUGGAAUCCGAAGAAAGAGUUGAAUUUGUUGGUGAAGCUGUGAAGGUCGAAGAAAUUAAUGCAGAUUUGGUUCAAGAAAACUUGGAAAGCAUGGAUGAAGGUUGCGAACCGGUUGAGUUUCGUGAAAGUGAUGAGAUUGCGGUGAAGAAGGAAGCUAUGGUAGAGGUCAAGGCUCCUGGGUUCUUUGAAGAUAAGUUAGUUGACGAGAAGCCUCAGGAGGAGGAGGUGAAAGCAGGGGUUGGUGAUUUAGGUGAAGUUGAGAAAGGAUUUAUGUCCAACAAAGAUGAGAUCACGGAAGACAAUUUGGUUCUACAGAGAGCUGAGAUGGGAGAGGUUUCUGAAAUUAGUAGGGAAUUGGUAGAGGACGAACAGAUGCCCGCCAAGAAUGAAGAUAUUGGGGUUUCCGGAUAUGAAUGCUACCAGGAAAAAGAAAUUGAGGGAAGGCAGCAAAGUGAACCAACUAAUGAAAAGGGAAGAAUGUCUAGCGAUGAGGAUGACUGGGAGGGUAUCGAAAGAAGUGAUGUGGAGAAUCUUUUUGCUACCGCUGCAGCUUUUGUUGGAUCUUCGGAUAACAGCGAUCGCCUGUCGAAGGUUGGCAGUGAUGUGCAGAUGCAAUUGUAUGCGUUUCACAAGGUCGCAACGGAAGGGCCUUGCCAUGAGCCUCAACCGAUGGCCUUGAAGGUCUCUGCCCGUGCAAAGUGGAAUGCUUGGCAACAGUUGGGGAGCAUGAAUCCAGACGCGGCUAUGGAGCAAUAUAUCUCUCUUCUUUCAGAUAGCGUUCCAGGGUGGAUGGGAGAAAAUUCUGGAGGUAGCAGUAAAUGGGAUUCUGUGGAAGCUGGAAUAUCUGGAGCAAAAGCUCCUGAUUUAAGCACAGCCGUACUUCAUCAACAUGGUUUGGAAACUGAAAGGAAACCAGAAGAGCAUCAGUCUUCUGUAGGAGGUGAUGCCAUUGGUGACCCAAACUUGUUGAACACGGAUAAAUUAUGACACAUACUGCAAUGUGCUGGCCUGCCUACAACCCAUGGAGACAUUCUCUUGGGUUUUUCCUGACUGGAAACAGGACUGAUCCCAAAUACAUAAGUAUGGGAGUUUCAAGUUUGUUCGCAGGAUCGGAGGCUGCUAUGCUACUCUGCUUAUAGCAAACUUGCAGUUGCCCUAAAUAAUAUUACCAUGGUUUUAGGGUGUCAAAGAUAAUUCAUAUUGUGUAUAUAUAUAUGUUAUGUAUCUGGUGUAAGUGUGGCUACUUUGGUCCUUGUGUGAUUGAAGAAAAAUAAUAACAUUUACAUGUAUGUAAUCUUUAUUUA